ACAGCUGGAGUCCAGUUUCGCGGUAUUGAAGAGUACUCUGCUGGCGCGGCGACGACACUCGAAGACACACAACUCAGACUUAGUGAAGAAGACGCCAUGGACUGCUGUGGCUCCGUGUGCAAAUUCAUCCUCAUCAUCUUCAACUUCAUCUUCGCGCUCCUGGCCUUCGCCUUCUUGGGUCUGGGCCUGUGGUUGAGAUGUAGUCCCAACACCAGAGCCAUCUUUGAAAUAAGCUCUUUCAACUCCAGCUAUUUUGUCAUUGGUGUGACCGUGCUGAUAGUGCUGGGUACGGUGCUGCUGCUCGUGGUGGUGUUCGGAGAUUUUGGCGUCUGCUGCGAGAAAAGAUGUGCUCUUCAUGUGUUAGCAGUGCUCCUCUUCCUGCUGGCGGUGGCUCUAAUGGUGGGCGGACUGCUGAUUUACACCAACAAUGACACGGUUGGGAAGGCGUUUGCUGGGUUCUACGAAAGCAUGUACACGUUGUACGUAACCACUGGAGACCCGGGCUUGAGGGUCACCAUCAUGUUCAUUCAGGAGAUGCUUUAUUGCUGCGGCCUGACCGGGAUCCCCGUGUUGGAGUCAAUGGUCCAGACCUGCCCCAAACCAAAUGGCUUCUUGUCGCACAUUGCCAUGCCCACGUGUCCAGGGGUCAUCUCCGAUACCUUCCACCACAGCCUCCCCAUCCUGAUGGUCUUCCUCUUCUUGACUGGAGCUCUUUUGAUCACGGCGCUGGUGUGCACGCUGAUCCUCAACAAGAAGCUCCGCAAGGACCAGAUGGAAAACGACUCCCAAUACUUGCUCAUGUACGAGCAGGUUUCUCCAGCCGUCCCGGUUUGAACCACCCUGUGGAAAUGUUCUUUGUAAAGACUGGCUAACGUUAGCAUGACUUUUCACAUUUUACAGUCAUUGACUGUGACGGUUACGAAAGUUCACUUGGCAUUUUAGAGGAUUUGGUGUUUUUCCGGGGUGUAAGCCACACCCACUAAAUUUCAAAUAUAUAUAUAUAUAUUAGCCGCAGAUAUAUACAUUGUGAAAGGAGUUAUUUACACAAAAAAAAUCCUGUAAAUGUUUAUUCAAAUACAUUUGAAUAAACAAAUACAGCCCCUUUUGGGUAAAUGAGUGUGGAUGGGGGAGGGAGGGUUUUCUUGGGUUGAUGCACUAAUGGUAAGUGUAUCUUGUGUUUUUUUUAUGUUGUUUAAAAAAAAUAAAAAAAUAAAAAUACAUUGUUUCCAAACGGGCAGUAAAACGGCCGAUCAAACAAAACAGAAGCCAUCGUCAUGGACCCACUAGCUGCGCAAGCUAGCUCUCCAAUCAGCUAAAAAGACAAUCCCGCGGUGACGUUUUGGUGAAUUUAUUCAACAAUAGAAAAAGAAUGUCAUAAAAAGGUAAUACUAAGACAUGUUAGCUAAUGCUAACAACGCUAGCGUGAUUACAUUACGAUAGCACGUACAAAUAUGCGUGAAAACACUCCCACAGACAUCACACAUGGGACGCUUUAGCAAGUAAGAAUUGUUUUAGUUAUAUUGUAAAACGUACACGAAGAAUCCUUAAGAGUAAAAACGCUAUGGACGGCUCGAAGACCGAAUGGCACUUCUACUUCCGGCUCGAAGCUUUAAACAGGAGGAAUCACUUGCUGGCAUUCACCCAGCUGUAUUAGCUAAUAAUGCUAACUUAAUUACUUUAAUAGCACGUACAAAUAUGCAUGAAAACACACCUACAGACAUCACACAUGGGACGCUUUAGCAAGUAAGAAUAGUUUUAGUUAUAUUGUAAAACUUACAAACGUUGCUCGGAGCGACGAAUGACGAAUCCAAUUCGAGUAGAAACGCCAUGGAUGGCUGGAAGACAGAAUGGCACUUCUACUUGCAGUUGAUUAGCGUGGAGUGAGUGGAGUCGUUCAAAAGGUGGCGCCAAAACACAAACCAUAACACACCUUUUCAAACCAUUCGCAUAAUGGCCGUCAGCGUGGAACAAUCCAUAAGUUAGCCGCACCGUUUUAUAAGCUGCCGGGUUCAAAGCGUAGGGAAAAAAAGUAGCGGCUUAUAGUCCGGAAUUUAUAUGAUAUGCUAACUUUACAAUUGUGACAAUAUUUUACUGUGAAAUCCCUGAAACAAAUACAGGCAGUAAAUACUGUAAAUGUACUUUUUUUUUGUCUUUUAUUUUGAAGACGUCAUCGCCGCUUUGUGCAAGUAAGAAUCACUUCUUGAUAUUUUUGUUUCAUUAGGUCAAACUUUUACCAUUUGUUGUCACUAAUUGCUGUCCUAAUGUUGUCACUGAUGUCACUAAU